CUCGUGGGUUACAAAGCUCAAAAUUCGAAUGUCGUACAAUACCAAAUAUGGUGUUUGAAGCAUGUUAAGAAAAAAAGUUUAUUUUCUCCAGUGCUCAGCUUACUGUGGCACCGCCCAUUUUCUCCUAUUUUCUUCUCCUCCCCAAUUUUUUUUACCGCAGAAAAUGGAAGAAACGAAAAAUGAAGAUUUCACCUCAGUAUUGAUAUCACCAGCAAGCAAAGCAAUGUUGCGAGGGAACAAAAAAGAUUCAGCACUAGUAUCUGAUGCGGACGACUCUACGAAGACCAGCGCUAAAACUAACAAGCAUUCAAAAAAACCACGUUGGACCUUUAGAAGUAUGUUUGUUUGCAUUGCUGCAUGCUGCCUUUUGGGAUUGUACUGUCUCAACAGUAUAUAUAAUCAGUUGUCUCCGAUUUCUGGCACAUGUGCAGAAGAAUGGGAGAUUUCCAUAGACUACCCUGUUAGCUUUCCAAGAACACGCGAACUGCUAGUGCUAAGAAGGUCGAUCCGAUUCCUUGCCAGAAGCUACGGAGAAGACAUCAUGGGCAAAUGCUACCGUCCGCAGACACUGCUAAAUGAUUUCCUUGUAUUUUCCAGAAUCCCAGAGCUAUCGUCUACCUUCAGCAAUAACGGCCGGCCAUUUCCUACACCACAGCCAUCUGCUAAUUAUUCGGGAGCACAGGCACCCUACUCAGAAACAAAGAGCUUCUCCUCUCUUCCACCAUCGCCAUCCUCCGCAUUCCUUUCCCCAUUCAAUCACAGUGGCGCGCCCAUGCCCACCUUUAGCGCUGCCCAUGAUAGUAUGGUGGUGGGAUCAACAAAGACACGCGGAUAUGUGGCAACCCCAAGUAGCAGCACUACCUUCUCAAAUCGGUACGGUUAUAUUGAUUUCAGUCCACUCGCAGUUGAUUAUGCACAAAACAUAUCCGUGCCUGGAGGAUCCAUCCGCGGUCUAGCUAUCCAAGUCGACGAUGAUAUUGACGUUUCUGUACACAUUUUAACGGCAUCUCAAGCUGGCCUUGAUUCUACCGAAAUGUUGCAUAUCUAUCUGAAACCAUCGUAUACCUCGUAUGACGGCCAUUAUGACAAUAACAGCGACAACGAUGACGAUGACGAUGACGAUAAUGGUUUCAGAGAUGCGGGGCUUCAGCUAUACGGUGGCUAUGGGCGCUACAGUCUAUGGCUUCGUAGUACAACAUUUCAUCAUGUCAAAUGUUCACUACGGAUUAUAUUACCAGAUAUAUAUUCUAGCACCAACGAAACUAGCGCUUCUUUCACGAACGGCAAUGGUGGCUUGCAGCAUUUUAUGUUCCAUGCAAAAGCAGGAAAUGUUUAUGCCAAAGAUCUGAAUUUUUUACGUUUUACGGCUACUGUAGGACGGGGUACUGUGAAUCUAACAUCUAUCGACACCGAGAACAUGCGUAUUGCUAUUUUGGACGGGCAUAUUGAUUUGAGAGGAAUUAAGGUCAAAAGAAGCCUUGCUUCUGGUGUUGUACGCGGAUCAUCAACGGUUCUUGCCAAGAUACAUCCAGAAUUGAAUAAUAAUACAUACACUCUUGUUAACAUGUGUGCAGAUGGAUAUACGUAUACAGAUGUCAUGACUACAGAAGAGGACCACGACAAGUUCGCAGCCAAUUUGCAUGUUUAUCGAGAAACUGGAACACGGGCCUUAGACGAAUUGGAACCGAUGAUUAAGCUAAAAGGGGACACGUAUUAUGCGGAUCCUAGCCUGGCUCUUUUACACCCAAACAGCACGGAUGUUUACAAGACGGGCUAUAUGAUUGCGCCAAACACCGAUUCGAAAAUUCUCGUGUACACUGGUGCAAAAUCCGACGCAAGUCGCGCCAUGAAAUCUCGAUUUUUGUACGGAUACUACUACGAAAACCAGCAAUAAGUAGUAACAUGUACUGCUACCGUUAUACAUUUGUUUUGUUCUGUUUUGGCAAAAAUAAACGCUGCAACGUGACUAUGAUUUUAUUGCCAACAUAACCGCCGUCUUGCAACAGCACAUCCUUCGUUUGCGUAACAACAAUUUGACAGAAAGACCUCUUCCGAUAAAUGGCUCAGCAAUUGAUAAUUCAAACAAACGAAUUGAACCUCACAAGCAGAACACAUUCUGUACGAGA